AUGGCCAGGAAGCACCCACGGGGGCCUGCCAGCCGUCGAUCGAAGCCGUCGAAGCGCAAGCGCAAGUUUGACCGCCACCAUUCUCCAUUCAACGCACAAGCCACCUUGCGAACACGUUCAGAGUCGUUGCACAAAGUCCAGAAUGGCCCAGGCAUCUGUCACCUCCUCGCUUUGCCAGCCGAGUUGAAGCUGAAUAUCUAUCGCAACGUCUUCCAGGCGGAUGACAACUGCUCGGUCACCCACCGCAUCACCAACCAAAUCGAAUACCGCACAGAAACAUUAAAAGCCGAACUCGUACACGCCACUGACCACCGCAACAUCCUGAUGACAUGUCGAAGCUGCUGGUACGAAGGCGUCGAUACCUACUAUGAGAACACAUCCAUCGUGCUACAGGGCACUGGAUGGAUGAGAUGGAGGAUCGACAUGCAUCUCCCUGAAAGAAUGUUGCAGCAUGUGGCCCAUCUCUGCCUCCCUGGCAUGCCGCCCCAUUGUUCCAUCCUCAACUUGGGCAGUCCUUUCUACAAACUCGAGACCAUUCAGACCAAGGAACUAACUCUCAGAGGGCGCCGAAAGGCAAAACACGUCAACAUGACCGCUGCGAGGAUCUUCUGGAAUUACUUCGCCCGGGAAUUCCUCUAUUACACCGUCAUUCGAUACCGCAGGGAAGGGGGCUGCUCAGUACGACUUACGUGUCCCGUUACCUACCAUUACCGCACUGGCAUGAGACGCAAUGGCGACCUUUCUGAGACUACUGAAGUUAUUGCAGCACUCCAUUGUCAUCGACAUCGUGAACAAGAAUAUUCUGAGCUGCGAACCGCAGAUGGUAGACUGCAGGCGGCUGGCGUCAACAUUAUGGUGGAUCGAGCGGCAGGCAAGGUGUGCAUUGACCCAGAAAAGAGCGCAUACCUUGAUCGCGAGCGUCACAACAUGAACAUGAGGGUUCUAAGUCGCGAUGCAGUACGCGAGGGGCACUCCAAGACACCUGGAGAGGAUCACUUGCAACAACUUCGAGACCGAAAUGGAGUUAGCUUCCGAUAA